AAGACAGAGUUAAACACUGUUUGGACUCUGGCUGCCUAAGAGGAACUGAAAUUUUUCAAAGCUCAGCUGUCAGCUCUCAAAGGCUGCUACAGUAACUUUCUGAGCAGAUUGGGUUAAAUAUUUUUAGAGACCCAUUCUACGAUGAUAAGGCGGUAAUAAUUUGUGCAGUGCAACACUCCAAAGGCUUCCAAAUUUCUCAAGCCUCUUUGUAUGUGGUCCUCACAGUGAAGAAGAGUCGGAGCUACAAAGAUGAAGCGUCUACUUUUCCUGGUGCUGAUUUCAGUCUGUUGGGCUGACCACCUUUCUGACAGCUACACUCCCGAUCAGGACAGAGUCAUUCACAUCCAAGCGGAAAAUGGACCCCGUCUUCUGGUGGAAGCAGAACAAGCCAAGGUCUUCUCACACAGAGGUGGCAAUGUGACACUGCCAUGUAAAUUUUACCGAGACCCUACAGCGUUUGGCUCAGGAAUCCACAAAAUCCGCAUUAAGUGGACCAAGCUAACUUCAGAUUACCUCAGGGAAGUGGAUGUCUUCGUUUCCAUGGGAUACCACAAGAAAACUUAUGGAGGCUAUCAAGGCCGAGUGUUUCUGAAGGGAGGCGGUGACAAUGACGCCUCCCUGGUCAUCACAGAUCUCACCCUGGAGGAUUAUGGAAGAUACAAGUGUGAAGUGAUUGAAGGACUGGAAGAUGAUACGGCUGUGGUAGCGUUAGAUUUGCAAGGUGUAGUGUUUCCUUACUUUCCACGGCUGGGGCGCUACAAUCUUAACUUUCACGAGGCACGGCAGGCUUGUCUGGACCAGGAUGCUGUGAUUGCUUCUUUUGACCAGCUGUAUGAGGCCUGGCGGAGUGGGCUGGACUGGUGCAACGCUGGCUGGCUCAGUGAUGGUUCUGUGCAGUACCCUAUCACCAAACCACGAGAACCCUGCGGGGGCCAAAACACAGUGCCCGGUGUGAGGAACUACGGGUUUUGGGACAAAGAUAAAAGCAGAUAUGAUGUUUUCUGUUUUACAUCCAACUUCAAUGGCCGAUUUUACUACCUGAUUCACCCUACCAAACUCACCUACGACGAGGCGGUGCAAGCUUGUCUCAAUGACGGUGCUCAGAUUGCAAAAGUAGGCCAGAUAUUUGCUGCCUGGAAGCUUCUGGGCUAUGACCGCUGCGAUGCCGGCUGGCUGGCGGAUGGCAGUGUCCGCUAUCCUAUUUCUCGGCCAAGAAGGCGCUGCAGUCCUACAGAGGCUGCUGUGCGCUUUGUGGGUUUCCCGGAUAAAAAGCAUAAGCUGUACGGGGUCUAUUGCUUCAGAGCCUACAACUGAGCGUGCCCUAGGAAGAGCCAGUUCUCGGGUCAUAGGGAACACGUGAAAGGUUUUUGGUUUUUUGUUUUUAAUAUGAACUCAUGCAAGUUACCAAAACUGUGAUAACCCUUUUUUCACUUACUGUAAAGAGUCGUUUUCAUAAAGGCCAAUCAUAUCCGUUUGUUUUCUAAAGCUAUCAGUCGAUAUAUAUUAUAAAUUAAUAUAAGUUUAAGGGAAGCUAAAAAAUGGGCUUUAGAGCCAACUGGUUUCUGCUAUCAUCCCAACAAAAUGCCAUUUCAUGAAUGGGGCAUGCAGUAGGCUGAGAAUCAAUCACCAGGACUUAGGGAAGGUAAAAUUACUUGCCGCAGCAACUUCCACAAGCACAAAUUUUACACAUUUCUACAAUUCUGAAAUGCACUUCAUUAAACAAAUUAAAAUAACAAAUUUGAAAUACAGGCUUCUUUACAUAAAUCAGGAUUCUGGGAGGUGCAAAAAAAACUCAGUUUCACAAGGGAACAAUGGACACUUUUCUAAAAGUUAGUCUCCAAUAUACAGAAUAGUUUACUCUGUGAAAUUUUACCUUUUUGACCAAAAAGAAAACCAUAUAGAAUCAUAUGCAUAAUAAUAAAUCCACAAUUAGAAUUCCUAGGUCAACCCAUUUAUAUGAAGUAUAGACUUAAAUACACAGAUAAUAUCUUACCAAUGAGAGAGUCCUACCUUCUAAUUAAAAUUACCUAUCUGAGAAGAAUUGUUUUAUUAUUUUUGAGUAGCUUUACUGAAUUAUAUUUAAAUUCUAAGAACAUUUGCUAAGCAGUAUUUAGAAUCUACUCAGGGCAGUUAAAAGGAUAAACUGCUGGACAGAAAACAUAUUAAAAGUAGCAACUUGAUUUUAUGUUAGCUUUUGAAACAUUAUUGUCUUAUAUAAUAAGUUUAACCUAUUUAAUAUUUCUUUCUUAGUUACAUUACAUGAGAAAAUCCAUCAGAUGAA